AUGGCUUCCGAAGAUGAAGAUGAUUACAUGAAUAUGGUGAUUGAGGAGCCCACCCAAAAGGAAACCUUCUCACAAAGAAAGCGUCGCGAACAACGAGAGGCUGAAGCCCGAGCCCGAGUUCCAUCCAAAGCCGAACGCGCUGCGCAAGAAGCCACUCGCCGAGAUGAAGCCUUGGCCACCAGCACCCUCAACCCCUCUAAUAAGGGGUUCCAAAUGAUGGCAAAGCUCGGUUUCAAACCUGGCGGGGUCUUGGGAAAACGCCCAACCAAUGAAUCUGAUACCACUUCCGACUCUUCAUACAAGGCGCGAUCUGAGCCACUGAACGUAAUCAUCAAAGAAAACCGCGGCGGAAUCGGGCUGGACACGGAAAAAAAGCGCAAGAUUCGUGAGGAGGCUGAAGAAGCCGUGAAGAAAAUUAAACACGAGGAAGGGAAUUACCGGGAUCGCGUUCGCGAGGAGCGUGAGUUGAAACGCGUCGAAGCACAGGUGCGCGCCGCACAGAAGGUUGCAGAGAGACUGGAAGCGGAAGCGGAGGAUGAGGCUACGACCAAUGCAGAGGACAAUAAGGAACCUACUCACAAUAACAAAGAAGACGACUCGAUAGACCCUGGUUCUCCACGUGAUGGCAAGCCACCGUCUGACGCAGCUCCCAAAAAGAAAAGGCCUAUCAAGCCUACAUCACAAAUCAACGUCCUCUACCGUGGUCUUGUUCGAUAUCGUGAAAAAAGAGAUAGUGAUCGCCAGGCACGCCAUGCUCUCCAGUCUUCACUUCCCUCAUCCUUUUUUCCUAAAGCGCAUCUACCUGGAUACGAUGACCCGACCAUGGAUCGGGACGAUAAAAAGGCCCUUGGCAGUGAAGUGGAUCAGAAUAAAUCUGCACUGGAAAUAGAGCUGGAAGAAGACGACGAGGAGCUUGAUGCCUUCAAUGCACUGCCCCCAACUGAACGGCUACACAAGCUGGUUCUCUUUCUACGUGAAACCUAUCGGUAUUGCUUCUGGUGUAAGUAUACCUAUGAAACGGAUCUUGAGUUGGAAGGAUGUCCUGGCCUCACCGAGGAGGAUCACGAUUGA